AAAUGGACUUGUUAUUUCGAUGUCGUAAAUGACAGCAUAACAAGCAUUUUCGAACAUUUUCAUCAUGAGUAAAUCUUUUCUUCAGAGACAAAUGGAUCCAUACGAUCAUUUGUCUCAGAAUAUUGUAUUUGAAGGCAAUUUCAAAGAACUCAAUCCACAUGGGGAAAUUAAACGUAUAUUGCGAUUGAAAAUUUCCGAGAAAUAUAUCAUUUUGUGCAAUAUGGAUACAAAUGGGUGUAGAACAGAACAAAUCAUUUCACUAAGCGCCUCCGAGCUUCGUGUUCUCGAUAAAACAAGAAAGAGAAUAGCUUUGAAUCUAGCAAAUGAGAAUUCAAUGAUUUUUGAGCUAGGCGGCUCUGAUGCGAUGUCCAAGAAGAACUGGGAAAAUAUAAUACUGUUAAUCAAUAAAUUAUCAAAUGGAGGUCAAUCGAGAAAUAUCGGUAAACGUGUUUUGAUCGCAGAAAAUAUAGAUUCUUUUGAAAAAGCAUCCAAACACCUACUGGACAUUUGCAAUAUCAACGAAUCUAUAGUCUUCGAAUACUAUUUUGUAGAACUUAAUCUAAAAGGACAAGGAAUGAGACAGGUUUAUAUGGUGAUAACAAACAAGCAGGUUUAUUUCGCAUCACAAAGUUUACACUAUUUAACUCUAAAAGAAAAGAUACCUUUGGGAAAUAUUGAUAUGUUCGUCAUGAAUUACUUAUAUAAAAGGAUUGGAAUCUAUUUGACUGGUUCUGUAAGAAUAUUCGAAAUGUGUAAUAAUUGGGAGAAUAAUAAAACUCACAAUAUUUGGCUUGAACUCGUCAAACUCAUAAAUUACAAAGAGAAGGAGAAUAAAACAAACAUUUCUGGUGGUGGAAUUAUUAAGGAUCUUGAUAGUUCGAAUGUUAUUGAGAACUUUCCGAAGAGGUAUUUCGCACGAACUGACAAAUAUUUUAAAUUGGAUUUUGACGCGGACGAAGAUAAUAUAGAAUUCAGUAUAUUAAAAUAUAUUUCGGUUCUUAUUAAAUGUGCAGGAAUAUCUUGGGCGCAAUGUGUUAUUAGUCAAACAGAUUUACCAUUUGCUGGCGUUUCCUGGAAUACAUCGUUGGAGUCCGGGCGAGUAAAUCUUCUCCGUCGGUGUGGAUCGUGUCCAACAUUGUACGAAAAUCAUCAAGUGCCUUUGAAAUUGGUGAAGAUGGUACCUCAUAUUAAAAGAUCUUCUUCUUCCAUUUACAUUAAUUGUGAAGCAUAUGACGGCAGCCUCUUCACACAGUGUUCUCAUGAUGAAAAUACGGACCAUUCCAGUAAGAAAGUUUUACUGGACAUAUACGAUAAAGUCAUAUCCGGAUAUGUUUCUGAAAUAGAAACUAAAAAGAUGUGGCUGUCGCAAAACGAGAGUAGAUUGUACAAAUCUUACAUAAACGCACAUAGAAGAUACUCAUAUCCAGAAGACGUGGAUCUAGCUUCAUUAAUCUCUCGUUCCAUGAAGAAAAUAGACUCUGGUGAUGACCCUGACUCUGGGAUUCUAUUAGGUACUCAAUAUGCAAACAGAAAUAUCCAAGGAAAGAGGACUGUUAUUUGCCUAAUUAUACGGACAUCAAAGCUGAACAACUGGCCUUUGAAUUGACCUAUGUAAC